GAAAAGAACAUAAACCUAUGUGCCAGAGCUCAUUAAUGAAAGUUCCAGUUUCUACUCCAUUUAGCUGGCUGUGUUUGUUCUGGACUGACUGACUGACGCUGUGCGCUGGCUGGCAGGGACUCGACGGCAACGGUGAGCUGCCUCUGAAGUGAAAAGAAGCGGUGGACGGUGAAAGUGAAAGGAGGGCUUCCUAACUGUGAAAAGGCACCGAGCAGGCAGUCCCCACACAGACAGACAACAUAGGGAGAGAGGCCCCGGGUCUUGCUUCAAGGCAGCAGCAGUUCAGCAGACAGCCAUGGCUAACAUCGCGGUCCAAAGGAUCAAGCGGGAGUUCAAAGAAGUUCUCAAAAGCGAAGAGACAAGUAAAAACCAGAUAAAAGUAGAUUUGGUGGAUGAGAACUUCACAGAGCUGAGGGGGGAGAUAGCAGGUCCUCCAGAUACACCAUAUGAAGGUGGCAGAUAUCAACUUGAAAUAAAAAUCCCAGAAACCUAUCCUUUUAACCCGCCAAAGGUGCGUUUCAUCACUAAGAUCUGGCACCCCAAUAUCAGUUCUGUGACAGGAGCAAUAUGUCUGGACAUUUUAAAAGACCAAUGGGCAGCUGCAAUGACCCUGCGGACGGUGCUGUUGUCUCUACAGGCUCUCCUCGCUGCAGCAGAACCAGAUGAUCCACAGGAUGCUGUAGUAGCGAACCAGUAUAAGCAGAACCCAGAAAUGUUCAAACAGACUGCGAGGCUGUGGUCUCACGUCUAUGCAGGUGCUCCUGUCUCCAGUCCCGACUACACUCGCAAAAUAGACAAACUCUGUGCCAUGGGCUUUGAUAAGAAUGCAGUAAUAGCGGCCUUGUCGUCAAAAUCCUGGGAUGUGGAAACGGCGACAGAGCUGCUCCUCAGCAACUGAAACCCAGACAGGUGUGAGGACCACAAACUCCCUUCAUCAUAACAUCAGCACCCUCCCCCUGGGCACCAUUCAACCAUUGCCUUUUUGUUAAGCAGACAACGCCCCAUUCACCACAGCAGUCUGAGCCUUCUUUUCUAACAAGUUUGCUCGCUACAAACUCAACACUGGCAGCACAACGCCAAUAUGCACACCGCCCUGUUGCCUGUCUGACCCCCGUCUGUCCGUUAUGCUGAGUCUUUUCUGCCACUAACUUAAAAUGUGUGUCCUUGUAAUCAGCCACCAAUAUCAUUCAGUCAUGCUUCUUGUCUUCCAUGCCCUUUAAUCAUAUUGACUCUGAAACUUUUUUUUUUCACAAAUUUUUGUUCCUUCAAAUAACUGCCAUUGCCUGGCAGAUUUCCCAGGGUAAAAAUGUAAAGGAAGUCCUGCAUACUGCUCUCACAGUACGUCACUAUUUACUCCCUCCAGCAUCCAGUUGGACAUUUUAUAUCCGUUUGUUGUCUUUUAUGGGCAUUUAAUGCUAUUAAAGUCUAGCAGGACUAAAUUAUGACUGGAUAUUAUUCUGCAGGAGCAGUGUAAUGGAUUAUUUUUCAGUUUAUCAUAGACGCUUCUAUCAUUUGCAGAGGUUUGGAUGUACACAUUUUUUUUCUGUCUGUGUCGAAUUACAGAAGAUCACAGACAUCCUGCACAGAAGAGGGGGGAAAAAAAAAGUCAUGUAAAUAGAUGUGUGUAAAUUUGAAAAUACAAUGGGGAUAUACUUUUUUUCUUACAUGGCAUUGUAAAACAAAUUAUUUUAAAUAUAAACUAUGCCUAGUUUACAAUUAUAUGGAGAGAGAUCUUUUUAUGCUUUUGUGAUCCAGAAGAAGUCCUUUUAAAUGCUCUGCUGUUUCUUUUUUUUUCUUCUUACGAUUAUUCAGGGGUGGCACAGCCAAAAUCCUGGCCGUAAUGGCAUAGGACUGCCAGCUUAGGCCCUUGAAGGUCAUUACAUGACACCCUUUUCUGCUACACCACAAUCCCAUCUUUUUCUGUGUCCUUAAUUGUCCUCGCAUGUUUCUCUGCUGCCUUUGAUUUUAUUUGGCCAAAAGAUGUGGUGAUGGGGUGUCUGUUCGAUUCAACACCCCUUCAGACUCGUUCUAACCUGAGAAAAGAGAUGCCCGGAACCCCUGCUCGGCAAGAGUUUGGCAUCUGUUGAUUUGACAAGUAUGUUGCUGGAAAAUGUUCUCUUCCGCUCCGAACAGAUGCCCCUGGCACCAACAGGAAGCACAACACAAGAAGAGAACGAGUGAUUCUGAAUGUCAUUAAGGAUUUGAGUUUGCAAUGCUGUGGUUUUGUUUUUCAGAGCAGUCACUUUAAACCGCGGGCACACUGUUUUCAGCCACAGGUUUAGGAUCUGCUCACCCUCUCUCAUGCCUAAUGUUGAUCAUUAAGAGGGGGAAGCUUUAUCGCUAAUCACAGAUCCAAUCCAGCUGUACUCAAUCAAAACUUUGGCCAUAUAUAGAGGUGUAUAGGUGUGGUCCUAUAUUCCCAAACAUGCUUUACUACACAGCCAAGUAAGACGCUCAUUGAGGUGGCCUUUGAACAUAUGAGUAGUAAGAGGCUGGAAUUCCUCUGUUGUUCUAUGAAGCAGAUUGCAGACCUGCAGUGUUUUCACAUGUUUUGAUUUGAGAUAUGUGGACUGUACAGAAAUGUUUAGCAUAUAGAGAAGUGGCGUGUUGAAUUCUCAUAUGGCCUUUUUUUUUUAUAUAAACUAUCUUCUUUUUGUUUGCCCUCCAGCUCUGCCCCUACCAACACAAUGGCAUAUUACAGUAUUACAUGAAGUUAUCAUGCAGUCUCUCCACUGACGCUGAACCGUUUCCAGCCAGAGCCCACCCCCAUCCCAAAAAAGGUUCAUGGAUAGGGAGACGAAUGCGCACACACACCAUCUCUUUUACUUGUAAAUAGACAGGUUCUUGAUAAAGAGCUGUGUUGUUAUCACUAGAGUGCACCACUGAUGGCUGGAUUUAUAUUUUGUAAGAGAAAGAAAGGACAUAAAGGAGAAGAGGGCCCCCAUUCUCCGCGUCUUCCUGGUGUUCUCAUUAUGUACAAUAUUGCACGAUGACAAAGCAAAAAAAAAAAAAAAAGGGGCUGUUGCAUCUCAGUUUCUCCCUUUGGAGUGAGACUUAUUUUCCUCUUUAGUUUCCUUGGAAGCAAGCAUCAGCAGUAUAAAAAGCAUGGUUAUUUAUUGUGACAGUGUCAUGUUUCUUUGAUUAAAAAAAAGUGGAAAUUCAA